CAGACCAUGCUAUCAAGUACAACAACAAAGCGCAGCAUACACGUUUCGAGCUCGUUAUGCAAGCGCCAUCACCGUCGCCGUCGCCGUCGCUGCCGAGCUCAAAUGCAUUUUAUAAACGCUACACACCAAAUGUAAAUAGAACAUUCGAACGGGUGCAUUGCAUGAGGCGAGGCUGCAACUGGUGUUUAAUUAUAAUAAGCAAUAAACUGCCGCCCGUGCGAAUGUGGACAAUACCUUAAGUCUACCAGAAUAAACGAAGCAACGAGACAAGUUAAGCACGGCGUUCGAAAGCCUUCACCGCGGAAAGUGGAAACGGAAGUGCUUUGUGAAGUGUGUUCAGUUUAGAAGAGUAGUGAUUGAAAAAAAAACAAUUUGUGCAAAUACAGAUUUAAGAAUAUUAAAACAUUGCACAUAUUCGGCCACCAGCAUUUGAAAUGAAAGCUGUGAUUUUUAAAUACAAGGACACAUUAUUGCUUGUACAAAUUGCAUUCUGAAUAAGUGAAGUGUAUUAAAUGCGAGUAAUUGCGUCAAUAGAACUAACUGAAUACUGAUUGCUGUAACCAAGUUUCCUUGUGCCACAAAAAUACUUAGUAAAAUGUAUCCAAGUCAUUAUACAAUAAAGCGGUUUCUCCAAGAAUAUAUCAUAUUCACAAGUUUGGGAUAUGCUUUUUCCCGAUCUUUGCCAAGUGCAAAUAAUAGACCAACUCCACAAUUUGAACAUCAUUUUCAAAGUAAUUUGGCAGUGCACCCAUUUUAUUACGGUCUUCCGAAUUCCCAGGCUUAUUGGCCCCAUGAGCCAGUUGGUACUUUUUUUGACAAAAAGCGUGGUAUAUUGCGGUCAUUUCCCGGCGGAGGCGUACCAGUGUUGGUCGACCAUCACAAGCGUUGUUCCAGCAACUUUGUGGGCAUUAAGCCACAUCCCAAUCAACGGCAAUACUACUACGUUUGUAAGCCCGAUUGUGUGAUAUUCGGAAAGUGUCAAAACCUGCAGUCGUUCGAUGCUACCAAAGCGCAGUGCAUUCCGUAUCCCACCCCUGACUACUCUCCAGUGUGUGUAAAACCCGGCCGCUUUCCCAUUUCAACAGAUUGCUCGAUAUACUACAGAUGUGAUGCAGAUCUUAAAGCACACAUACAUUCAUGUCCACGAAAUACCAUUUUUUCGCCGCACAACGAAAAGUGCAUAUGCGGCGCUCAUUGCAAUCCAACAAAAGUUUCACUCCAUAGUUCGCAUAUACCUCAGGACUGUGAGCACAAAUUUCCACCAUGUCUGCAAAACGGCACUUUUCGUACGCCCACGGAUUGUUCUCUCUACUAUACAUGUGUUAAGCAAGAAGGGUCGCUCUAUCUGCAAACUCGCUUCAAAUGUCCAGAGCUAGAGUUUUUCGAUCCUGCAAAGGGUACUUGUCGGCCGCAACAUGAAGUUGCCUGCGAUUCUAUACAACUAUCUGAAUUGGUAUUUCCCAGGCCACCACCACUGCCUCACCUUCCCGUAAUAUAUCCUGCACAUUAUUCUAUGGACUCACUGGAUGAUAGUGAUUAUCCAACGGAAUAUUCCCUAUCUUGCUCUAAAGAGGACACAAUCAGCGCCAGCGUUAGCUCAAACGAAAGAACGAUGUCAGAUUCUUCUGUACAAGCUACCACGUCAAAAACCACAAAAUUUUCUGCCUCAUUAACAACUUCACCAUCUAAACAAAUGGUUGAUACAAGCUCUGAAAAUUCUAUCGAAAUAAUUACACACACACCAACCUCAUUUCCAGCUUUUGUCUUGGGCGUAACAUCGACAGAAUCCGUUUUACAAACCAAUUCAUCGCCAACACGAAAUUCGAACGCAAUAAUCCUCUCAUCAACUUCUCCACCCAUAACAAUUGGCGAUACUUCCCAAAGUCCUAUUUUAUCACCCGAAGUUGCUUCUGCUAAAACCUUUGCACCUAAAGCUGUUCCGACCACCAAUUCAGUGGUUGUAGGUGCUGUCACCCCAACAACUCCUUCAAUAAAUCCAGCUAUUUUGGGCUCUUCUCCUGACAUAAUUUCAGAUCAAUCCAGCUCACCAAUAGAUUUCGUUCCAUUCGUUCCAACAAAACUACAAACCAGUUCUUCCACAAGUGCGUUUUCAUCAACAGCUUCCUCAAUACUUCACUCAUCACGAACGAAACAUUCUACACCACUUUCCACAACUAUAUCUAUGUUACCUAGAGACUUCUCUACGAGUACAACAAAUACCAGGUUAAAAUCGACUGCUGAAAUAACUACAACUCCUUUAGUACCCAGUUCAAUAAUUCCGUCGUCGUCAACAACUUUUUCAAGUUCUACAGCUGAAGAUCGCUUUUUACCAACAAAAUCUCACACUAGUACCUCUUUAAUAAAUACACUGCAUAUGAGUUCACCGACUGUUCACCCCUCUUCGGUCGAAAUAAUUACAACCGGGACAGUUCCCAUUUCCGCUUCGCAACCGCACACUUCCCUUCCCAUAACAACUUUAUUUUCACCAGAUUCCACAACAACUGAACUACCAACGAUCCAUUCCAGAACUAUACAAACCUCUAUGCACACUGAUCCCCUGAUUCUACCUCCGGUGACUUCUAGUCUAAAAGAAGAAAUAACUGCAAUGCCUCCAAAUACGACCACAACUACAAAUUUUUCUGUGACAACUUCAUCGUUACUAGAUGAUUCUUCUCCAUUAAGCACUGUAGAAUCCAUUGAUGUGACUAAAAUUAAGCCAACUGUUUCUACCUCCACUUCAGAAACAACACCUGACCCUAUUACAAACACCUUAAACCACAAUGAAAUUAGAAGUAUAAGAUCAAGUUUAUUGAUCAAGCCAAUUAAGUCAAACGAAAACAAUGUCUUUGAACAAACGGUCAAUAGUGAAUACAUCUCCAAUGAAUUUGAGAACCCUGGCUUCUACGAUGACUAUGAAUCGGAUUUUGAAACCACUGAAGUUUCGACAACAGAUAAAUGCGUACAAAGUGGAGUGUUGAGCGACAGAAAUAAAACGUUAAACACAUCAGAAAAAUCAAAAAGUAAAGAUACAGAAUGUAUAAUGAAUGAUUUACACGAUGCUAACGAUGUCAGUUAUUAUGAAGAUAAUGGAGACUCUUUUGAAGCAACAUUUUCAAGCACAGUAUCUGCUCUCCAUGAAGAAUCCAUUGCGACGAGCCAAUCAACAAGAUUAAUGCUAAAUACUACUGUUCGCUCAGCUAAAAGAAAUGUGCCGAAACACAAUUUUGAAUUACAUAAUCAAUCCAUCACAACAUAUCAGCAAUUAAAUAUUGAACCGAAUAAACUGGAUGAAAUUAACGUAGAAAAACCUUUGUUUAAAAAUUCAUCUAAAAAUUUUAGUGAUGACUUGGAAACUAUAACGGAAAAUAUUACAGGCCCCACAAAAGUCCACAACUCCUUAAAAAAUAUUUUCGCAAAGCCAAACGAUAAAGAAUUUUCUAUCAUCACUUUUGAAGAUAGUACCGAUACAGAAUUGACUACCGAAGCCCCUAAAAUUAACUCUAAAAGCAUAGAAAAUUCAACUAUUAUUGUUUCAAGCUUCAAUACUGAUAAUCAACUAGAAGACUCGAUGAGCACCAUGCAACCGUUGGAAGUUGCUAACCAGAGCACCGCUAAAGAGAUGGAAAGUUUCACAGAAAGUAGUAAAGCUGGUCAUAUCGCCGCAGUGAAAAGAGAUGCAGACUUAGGGGAUAGUGAAGAUGUAGACUCACAGAUAAGUGUCAGCAAAUCACUUAUGCUCAAAGAAAGUUCAUGGAAGAGCCAAAAUAAUACUAAGCCGAAAAAUUCUCAAAUAGUUUCAAAACUUAAAGAGAAAAUGUUAAACAAUAAACAAAACAAGAAUAUUAAUGAGAUUUUUAAAAGUGAUGAUGACGGAACAACAAAUACAAAAACGAAAUCUGAAAUCAGUGAACUCCAAACUUCGGCUGUAAAAAAAAUAUCUAUGACAGUAAACUCUACAAAUACAAAGCAAGACAAAGAAUCAGAGAGCUCGUCAAAGAUCUCUACUUUACAAACAACAAUGAAAGCAAUUAAGAAAAAAAUAGAACCAUUAACAACAACGGAACCAACGACAUUGAAGAAGGCAAGGCAGGUUAGAGGUAAAAUUAACAACAAAUUCGAAUAUUCAAAUGAAUACUCUACUUCAAGUGAAAAUCAAGUUUUUAUAACGGAUAGCUCAGUAGAAGCGCAUCUGUCUAAUUUUACGACGGAAAUGAAAAUAGGAAAAAUUACGGAAGCUACACCAAAAGCAACAGCUGAGGCUAAAGUAGUGUCAGCAGAAAACUUACAUAGUAAACAUCACCAUAUCUCUAAGGAUUUAAUAGAACCUUCUUUGAAAUCAUCAACGGACUCCACCAACACAGAAGUGAAUCUAACUGUGCGCGAUAAAGCUCGAUUCAAUGACACACAGCAACUGAAGAGUGCUAAAAACAGUACAAAAAGCGUAGAAACUCGGCCAACAGAAUUGUCGUUAGCGAGAGGUAAAGUAAUUAAAGAACCAUGCGACCUAGGCACACCACCCCUAACUCCUUUGAAAAUAAGAACAUAUUCAAAAGAAAUAGAAUUAAACCAUAGCAAUACAAAUUCUAUGGACGCUUACAGUUCUAAGUUCGAAGUUAGAGUUCCGAGAACCUAUGAACCUAUUCAUGAUGCCGACAUCGAAAAUGAUAGAAAAUUCGCAAACUCUGUUCAAAUUUCAAAGCUAGUGGAUAUUUUGUUACCUCCUAGUACAGAUAAUCCUGCACAAGAUUUGAAAAUAGGUCAGAAUUCGAGUUGUGUGACAACUGGAGACACAUUAGCCCAAACGAAACAUUUAAAUCCAAAAGAAUUUAUCAGCAAACACGUUAAAAGUGCCGGAAGUAUUAUGGAAUCCGCUGAACCAGAAAGUCCUUUGGGCAGCUUAGAAAAAAGCACUGGUCUUGUAAGAAUUUGUGAUCCCUUUCAGAAUAAUAUCUCAAAUGAAGGAAAUAAGCAAUUCUCUAACUCAAAGUUUGACACAAGCAGGCCAUUAUCGGCCAGAUUACCAGUAAUAAGAAGCAAUGUUACCUGUAAGACGCAUACAAGUGAUUUGCCCUUAAGCUCUUUCAAAUUAUUCUCAACUAAACAUUCACAAUCUACUACAACACAAAAUACAAUAACAUCUACAACAGAAGAGACUGUCGAGAACACAACAGUUGGAACAACCCAUGUAGACAUAAAAUUCCAAGACAAUCUCGUGAAUAUUAAGUCCAACGAUUUGCGUAUAACACGAAAUGUGCAAAAAACAAAUACACUACAAGAUACACCUCAAACUUACAAAAGGACAUUUAGAAUGAAAACUCCAGGUUCUAAUUCAAAUUCUGAACCAGUUACAGAAUUUCCAAUUCAUGCUACCGAUAUACCCAAGCUUGAGGUCGUAGUCUUCGGAAACCUGGAUUUAACUGUUCUUUAUUGCCCCAAAGAUUGUACUAAGCAGCAUGAACAUAAAUAUGACAAAAAGGUUUUUGGUGAUCAGCAUGUGGUCGGUAUUCAGUGGGAUCCAGCAAAGUCUAAAAAAACGAUGAGUAUUCAAACGGUUUAGAAGCCAACGGAAAAACAUUAUUGUAAAUAUGUUAGUAGAAUUAGAAAAAUGUAUUUAUGAGUCCCUUAAUUAAUAUAUAGGUUAGUUGGUAGUUAUAGCAUAAAGUUAAGAAAUAUAUACAU